AUGAAAAUUGGAGAUUUAAAAGCACUUGGUCUAGUUCACUAUACUCCGGUCGGUGCUGUUGAAGCUCUUUUAGAAGUGAUUCAUGUUUUAGCUCAUUUGCCUUGGUGGGGUUCAAUUGUCGCCACGACUCUACUUUUUCGUCUUUUAUUAUUUCCAAUCGCGGUAAAAUCUGCACAAAGAAAUGCCAGAUUAGCAAAUUUGUCUCCUAUAAUUCAAAAGACAAUGGAACAAAUCAAAAGUGCACAUCGAGCAAAAGAUCAACAAACAGUUGCUGAGAAAACCUCGGAAUUACAACGAAUUUAUAGAGCAAAUGAUGUUCAUCCACUAAAAAUGCUUGGAUCUGGAUUGAUUCAAGCGCCAAUUUUUAUUAGUUUCUUUAUGGCGUUAAGAGAUAUGUGUAAUCUUCCUGUGCCAGGCUUCCGAGAUGGUGGCAUUGCAUGGUUUACGGAUUUGACCAUGAAAGAUCCAUAUUUCGUGCUGCCUCUUUUAUCAAGUGUUGGAUUUAUAGCGAUUAUGGAGUAUACUGCUCAUAAUAACAACCAAGUCAAUCCAACGAUGAAACAUGUAUUUCGAGGAUUAGGAGUAUUUUCAUUUUUCAUUACGGCUUCACUGCCUUCGGCUGUUGUACUGUAUAUUGCAACAUCAUCUUUUUUCUCUAUGGGACAAUUCGCAUUAUUAAAUAAGAAAUUUAUGCGUCAUAAAUUUAAAAUUCCUGAUUUGAUUAAGCAACCAACUCCAAAGAUGCCGGAAAAAUCUUUUAUGGAACAAAUGAGAGAGUUGUUCGCGGAGGAACAGCAAGCAAAAGAAGAAAAUAAUAAUCGAAGGAAACGAAGACGUUCAUGA